GGCCCAAUGUGUCUCAAGCAAUGGGAAGGCGAUUGAGAAGAAACUAGAGCCCUAAGGGCCAUCAUGGGGAAGCAUUCCCGGGAGGAAGAACCCCAGAGCUCAAUAGAACCAUGCAGGUGCACCUGCCUGGGUUUCGCUCAUUUCCUUAGCGCUUUCUUAACACUCAGAGGAACAAGCAGCCUGUUGCAGGCUUGAGUGUAAUUCACGGGGAGCUGGUCUGAUCAGAGCACGCAGCUCCAACUUUCUGGGGUGUUGCAAGGUUGGGCAUUCAAGCAGUCUGGCCUAAGGAUGAUUUCAAGGAGCCUUAGACAUUCCUGAGAACCAUUCAUGAUGCUUCUUUGAGACCACCGGCGUUUUGGCAUCAGAACCGUGAUCUGCACCUGCCAUCUAAGAUCUUGGGCGCGCUCUGCAAACAAUCAUGAAGCAUUAGGCCCUCCAUGUCCCAUCAUCGCCAGAACUGUUGAUGGCUUCGGUAGAAUCCACUGGGUCAGAAGCUCCCCCUGUGGACCCGGAUCCCCCCGCACCUCUGGCCUCCAAGAAGAAGAAGAAGAAAUGGAAGGAGAAGGCCAACGCCCCUGCGGAGGCAGGGGAAGGAGGAGACGAGCCUCUGAAGAGCCAAGCUGAGAUCAAAGACCUCACCAAGGCAGGCCACCAGGCCCUGUUGCUUGGGGAGGCUCAGGAGGCCUUGGCUUGCUUCAAGAAGGCCUUUCUCUUGUCAUUGGAAAUCCCGAGCGUGCAGGUCCAGAAGGCCUGUGCUUUCAACCUGGGGGCGGCCUACGUGGAGACCGGGAAGCCAGAAAAGGGCCUGGAGUUCCUACUCAAGUCCCAGCCCAAGGAGGGAGAGGCUGGGGAGCACUUGGGGGACCUUUACUUUAACAUGGGGGUGGCCCAUGAGGGGCUACAGGACUUCCCCAAGGCCCUGGAGUAUUUCCGCAAGGCCUUGGGUCACUACUGCCCAGCCCAGGCUGGCAACCAGGCCGGCGCCUAUAUGAAGAUGGGCUACUGUUACUUGGGGAUGCAGGACCCUUCACGGGCAGCCCAGUGUUUCCAGGAAGCCGGGCAGGCCUACACCGCGGCUGAGAAGCUAGAAGGUGCCGUGGUGGCCCUGGCUGAGGCCAGUAAUUACAUGCUGCAGAGCCGGUGGUACGGGGCAGGGGAGAUCGUCGAGGUGCUGAACAAAUGCCAGCUGCUGUGUGAGAACAUCCCAAACAAAGUCUUGCUGGGCAAGGUCUACAACGACAUGGGCCUCAGUUAUGCCCAGCUCAAGGUCUUCUCCCUGGCAGCCGAAAGCUUCGAGAAAGCCCUCCCGCUCUGCCAAGCCGACCAGGCAGACCGGCGCAAGGAAGCCGUGGUGCUGCAGAACCUGGGCGCUGCCCACAACACCUUGGAGAACUUCAGCGUGGCUCUGGGGUUCCACCAGAGAGCGGCUUUGCUGCACGGUAUGCUGGGGAACAGAAAGGCUCAAGGGCAGUGUUUUGGCAACUUGGCCUAUGCAUUCAGCCAGCUGGGGGACCACGAGGCCGCGGGGGAGAACUAUCUGCACGCCAUGCAGGCCUUCAAGGAUUCGGAUGACCUCCCUGGGCAGUGGCAGGCUUGUGAAGGGCUAGGAGCAGCCCGCUUCCACUUAGGAGACCCCGAGAAGGCGAUCCUGCAUUACAAGGAGGCACUAACGUUGCUCUCUAAGUGCCGGGAUGUCCCCGAAACGGCCCAGGAGCGGAUCGUGAACAAGCUCACGGAUGCCAUCCAGUACCAGCUCUCUCUGAACAGCCGCUUCUCCCACGGGGGCGGGAUAGCCGCGGCUGCCCCUCUGAAACACUUUCCUGGGAAGUUACAGACCUCCAGUCAGGUCCGGUUUUCCACAGCACUGCACCAGGGGCAUGGGAACAGGCCCCAGGCAUUGCACCAGGGAAGCAAUUCGUCCUUCGUGAAGCACAUCCCCCCAGCAGAGACCACAGAGGAGCAAUAUGAGUCCGUGCUGGGUGCUUCAAUGCAUCCGAGACCUUCUCCACAGCGAAGGGCCCGGGGUGGCUCGCAGCACACUGGGAGGCAGCCUCUGCAGGGACCAAGUUACAGGGCUUCAGAGGUGGGUGCGGCACAGACAACGGUCCUGGCGGAAGGAUCCCCGCUAGAUCACAGAGACCCACGCUGCCGCCCGGUGCUAGCACACAAUCGCUGCGAGGAGCUCAACAGCGCUGUCACGGCUCCAGAAUAUCACAAUCAGCCUCAGGCUAAUAGCAAUUUGAACAACACUUACCUGCACCCGGAUUCUUUCUACUACAACUGCCUGCAGAAUGGGAAUUGCCAUCAUUCAUCGAAAAAUUUCACAGGCCCUCACGACUAUGAAACCCUCCGACUGAGAACGAGGACCCUGGAGCGAGCUGCUGCCAACCCAGCUGGAUGUCUCCCUGGCGAGAGACCGGAGCCCUGGCAACAGCAAAGGAGACGCAGGUUCGAGUCCAUAAUGUGCAUGCUCAUGUGAUGGUAAAUUACAGCGGCUUGGCUUUGCUCUGCUCUGAGUAAACCAGGGAUGCUUAGACAUUGAGUCAUAGCAGGGUGCAGGGCACAUUUACCCUUCUCGGUCUACAAAGCCCUCCACAGACUUCCCCACAACCUCUUCAAGGCACCGUCCUCCUCUCUGUCCCUCCACCACUGGUGCAAGGGCCUUCUCCUCUGCACCCCUCGCCCUCUGGCGCAACCUCCAUCUUGCCGAAUCCCCAGCUCAUCUCGCCUGAGACACGAGACAGGAUGUCUUUCCACAAGUCGUCGGGCUCAGCAUAGGAGUGGCCGAGCGCAAUCCCCCAGCCGUGUAUUAGCCAGACGAGAUGACCAUGGAGGUCCUUCUUGACAUUACAAAUGCACGAUGCAAAUUUAGAUGAUAAACGCUUUGGGGCAGGGAGCGUCGUUUUGUACAGCAGCUUGCACCAUGGGGUCAGGAUAGAGCUCCCGAGUGCAAUGGCUUACACAUAAUAAAAUGCAAAUAUGUCUUUCCUCCCUCCCUCUCUACUGCUGUUUGACUUUGCACACUACAAAUAACUGGCAAUCAGUCGUCACUGGACGUUGCUUUGCAAUCGUUUGGCUGUAAGCUGCUCUCCAAUGGGGUGCUGUAUUUUACUAUCUAUAACAGGUCUGCUUCAAAGGCACCUUGGCUAGGUACCACUUCUUGCCCAGGCGUUACUCUGUUGGAAAUAGCAAUGAUCUCUCCUGUCUGUAACCUCUGCUGCAUGUAAGAUAAACCAAGAUGCUCCUGGUCAAUGCAUAUAAGGGAGCCCCGGUUAGUGGGAGACGGUCUAAUUUACACCACCUCUGAGUUUGGCCCUUGGUCACUGGACUCUGGAAAGCCAAGGGCUGCUGAUUUCAUGACACACACACACACACACACACACACACCCCGUUUCCUGGGUCACAGUGGGGCCAGUGCAAACUUCCACUGGCUUAAGAUCAGGCCCUGAAAUCAUGAGCCUUCAGCACUUGAGCUAAAGGAGUAACUCCCUUAGCUGGCAGCUGUAGUAGACUCUUAACCACUUCUCUGGGUCAGCCACUGCAAGAAGACAGAGACCCACACUCCUCUACUGUGGGUACCACUCUUAGGUCAUGCAGUAGGAUCCUCAGAUGGGACUGUGAAGCCUUCUGAGUCAAGGCACCACUAGCACUCGAUAAAGGGGACUAGGGUAAAGGAUAGGAGGGUGGAACAGAUGCCUACGAGGAAGGAGUGGGCUGAGAUGGUAUCUCAUUCUUGGGUACUCAGUGGAAACCGUUACCAACAGAGUAACCAAAUCCUGCAGUCCUUACUCAGGAAAAACCUCACUGGGAAACUCGACUGAGUGAGGACUCUGGGGUUUGGUCCAAUAUAAACAAGUAAAGGUGCAGGAGCAGGGCCUUAGAUUGUUAGCUCUUCAGGGCAGAGGCUGUGUCUCACCGUGUGUGUGUGUGUGUACAGCUCCUAGCACAAUGGGCCUUUGAUCUCAGUUGGAGGCUUGAGCCGUGACCAUAACACAAAUAAUAAAGUUAGCAAUAGCUUUUUUCGUUCUCAAAGUGGCAUUCACAGCAACAUCUGCUUUAAAUUCACAUUCUUUUGGUUGCUGUUUCUUGCUGUAAAAUAUUAUUAUGAAUAAAUCUGUAUUUUG